UCCCUCCCUUUACACCGCCCUUUUCCUUCACUAGCUUCCUGAUUGUUUGGGUGGCUUAGUCUGAAAGGCAGCAAAGGAAAGUGAAGAACAUUUUUAAAAGCAGAAAGAAGACAGCAGUAUUUGGGAGAGAAGAUUCUAAGAAAGCUGAAGUGUGAGAACCCAGGAGUUUGCAGUUACUUCUUCCCUGACUUGUAUACUCUCUGAAAGAGUGGUGAAGACAGGAAGUGUGAGAAGUUGUUGAAGUGUCUUCAGCUGGAGACAGUGGCAAAGGAGAUUUCUACAACUAGCUGGGGAUGACAGCAGGAGGCAAGGACACAUGGCUGGAUCUGCCAUAGGAUCCCCAUGCCUGGCAUCCAUACUCCCAGCUACUCUGCCUCUUCCUAUCAACAACUGGUACUCCCAUUUGUGUUGUCAUGCUGUCGGUGUCCCACUGGAGGAGCCUCCGUCAAACCCUGCUGGUGCUCUUUUCAGCCACCCUCCUCAUUGGCAUAACCAUGCUGGCCAUCUCCUCUGAAAUCAAUCCUAUUGGGGUUUUCUUCCUUGUAGCAGGGGGUCUGUGUUUGGUUGGCUACCUCAUUAGUGUGGCAGCUGAACAAUGGCUGAAGCAUCAGAAUGCAGGAGAAGAGGCCCAGGAAGCCCCAAGAACACAAAGUCAAGUUGGAGGCAACACAACAUAUGAAGCACCAACGUAUGACGAAGUAGUGGCUACUGGUUACUUGUCAGAUUCAGUGCCAACAAUUUGGACAAUUACAUCUAGUCCUGGAACAACCCAAGGAGACCCCCCUCCAUAUAGUGUGGUUAUUGAGCCUCCCGUCCACGGAGAGACUGUGGUAGAGGCAUUCACUGUCUCCAUGGCACCAAGUACGAGGCGGGCCUCUGAAGCAGAUCUGCACUCCAAGCUGCACCUCCGACUGAUCCUACCACCAAAACUAAAACGCUUUGUCUCAGAUACUCACGAACUCAAAGGGAGUGAAGAGCGACUGGAAAGAUUGGAGCCUCUCACCCCACCUCCUGCAUAUGAGAAUGUGACCAGUGAUGAGGUCUUUGAAGGACAAUUUCAGCCUUCCAAACCUUGACUACAAGGCUGGAGGUUGAUAGGUAGUGCCAGUAUUGCCACGUCAUUUCUUUCAAGCCCAUUAUCAGCUUGAUAGUAUAGCCUGUAUUACAUCUGAAGCAAGGUUUGUUUUCAGGGGCUUGGCUCUCUUUUAUGAAAAAGGCAUGAAUUAUAGGCAUGCAGCCAUGGUAGGGGCCCCCUC